CCUCUGCCAAUAAUUCAGUAGUUGAUGUUGAACGUGGUGGAUUUUUGGCUUGGGGCGCCGCCGUUAAAGAAAAUGCAAAAAUAAUUAUAGCUAACCAGAAGAGUGACGUUGACUCUGAUAAUUAUCAGCUUUGGCGUUAUGAUGACGGUUGGCUGGUUAAUAAACAAUCAACCUUAUGUUUAGAUGCUGGGUCGGGGUGCAAUCUCGUCCUUUGCCGUAAGAAAAGCGAUAAUAAACAGCGAUGGAUCCUUACUCAAGAUGGGCGUAUUGCCUUACAAUCCCAACAAAACCUUGUGCUUGAAAUUAAAGGUUCACAUGUUGUGCUCGCUGACAAUAAGGCGAGAACCUUUAGGGAUGGCCCACACUCUCAAUUUGCCAUAUUACCGGUUCAUUCUGCGAAAAAAAUCGGUGUGAUUAGAUUAGAAUUGAUAGAGGCUGAAAACUUAAAAAGUGUUGAUUCUUUUCUUGGUGGUGGAAAAUCUGAUCCUUAUGUUCGAGUAUUUCAUGAAAGUAAUGCUAAAGAUAUUAUCGCUCAGACUAGAUUUUUAGAUUGCAAUUUGAAUCCUGUGUGGGAGGAAAUUUUCUAUUUACCUGUUAUGACCAUUGGUGACAAGUUUAUUUUGGAAGUGAUGGAUUUUAACACUUUAUUAAGUCAUAAAUCACUUGGCCAGUGCUGUUUUGAAGUUACUAAUGAACUUGUCAAAAAGAAUUCGGAGAAUGUUUAUGAAGAAACUUUAAAAGACAUCGACAUACUUUCUACCCAAGGAAAGAUUCAUUAUAAAGUGAAAUUUUUCCCGCUUAAACCUCUUCCUAAGCCUACUCCCGAUUUUCUUGCCACUCUUAAAGAGAAACCUUUUGAUCGUUCAACGCUUUAUACUCUUGUUGCUUUACAGGCUCCAAAUGGUGGUUUCCCUCCUUCCGAUGAUUUAGCAAAUUUAUUUGGUUUUGAUUCACAAGAUCGUCUUAUAGAUUUAUACAAAUCUCAAUGUUGUGAUGAACGGAUUUUAAAGAAACAACCUACCGUGUGGAUUACUAUUAUGAUCUCAUGGUUCUUACGUUUCUUAUUGAAAGAUUGUCGAAGUGAAUGGAGUGGUGUCAAUGAACGUGCUGAAAAAUACGUUAAUAAGGAAAUUAACGACUUAGAACUUGAAGAAAUUGCUGUUGAUACUGGCAGAAAAGUUGUUUGCGACAGAUUUGAAAUUGAGGAUGAUAAAAAAUUAAUUUCUCGAGAAACUAUCGCGACCGUUCAUGUUAAGCGUAUUCUUCAAUGUCUACAAAGUAAUGGAUCAUAUCAAUAUAUUGAUUAUUUAGCAAAAUUCUUCGGUUACGAAAACACAAGUAAACUCCGUACGGCAUUCAUUGAAUAUAAAAAUCGUCACACCAAAUCACAAAAACUCUCUCAAAUAAAUGCCCAAACUUGGAGGUCAAUAAUUGUACUUUAUUUCUACCGUUAUAUUGCCAUCGAUCAGAAGAAUGAAUGGUAUCCAUCAUACGAGAAAACUUAUAGAUGGAUAUGGGCUCAGUUUAAGGGGAAUGAAUCCCUUGAACAAGAAGCUUUUCAAAUCGUUCAAUCAUUUAUCAAAGAGUGUUAUGGUAUAAAUGAUGAUGUUUUGGAGAUGGAUCUUAAAUUCGAAGGAGAAAUUAAUUUAAUGAUUUCCUCUAUUAAGAAUAAGAAUCCUCAAGUCCGAGAAAUUGAUGGUG